AUGUUCAAAUUCCUCAUCAUUGCCGCUCUCGUUGCUUGCGCCUUGGCUAAGCCUGGCGUCGUUGCACCACUUGCCGCACCACUCGCUGCACCACUGGCCUAUGCGAAUGCACCACUGUAUGCAGCUGGCGGCAGCAGCCAGGUGGAUGUGCGCAACAACUAUGAUGGCACUCAGUCCUCCUACACCACUGCACCCUUCGAGCUGACUCCACCCUACUCCAGCCGCUAUGUUUCCGGCAUUCCGGCUGCCUACGCUGCCGCUCCCUACGCUGCUGCACCACUGGCUGCCCCACUGGGCGCUCCUCUGGCUGCCCCACUGAACGCUCCUCUGGCUGCCCCACUGGGUGCUCAUCUCGCUUCACCUUACGCUGCUGCUCUGGCUUCGCCCUAUGCUGCACCCUACACUUUCGGCGCUCCUCUUGCUGCACCCUAUGCCGCUGCACCCUUUGCUGCCCCUUAUGCCGCUGCACCCUUUGCUGCCCCCUUUGCUGCCCCCUUUGCUGCACCCUACAGCUUUGCCGCCCCAGCUCCAGUUGUGGCCUAG